AUGAACAUACGUUUUUCCGUCCAGCAGUUGCAUCGGCGUGUCAGUUGUCCUCGAAGUUAUUUUAAAGGCCGAGCUCAUGUUCACCGCAAACAACGAUUCAAUCCGCCAACCUUCUCCGUGUCCGUACUGACUCGUUGGACAGACUUCCUCGUCUCCAUGCUGUCUGUAUUUAAGAUGACUGACUCAUUCGCGCCGCCCGCCGCCGCCGCCGCCGCCGCCGCCGCCGCCGCCGCCGCCGCCGCCGCCGCCGCCGCCGCCGCCGCCGCCGCCGCCGCCGCCUCCAUCCGUCUUCCUCAUUCUCGGGUGGACGUUACGAUGACUCAUUGCGGCCACCUCAGUUUUGGGCUGCCCCACGCUUACCUAAUGGAGGCCGUUAAACUGCCCGCGUGGCCAUUCGCAGCCUGA